AGCUGGACUUACUGGAAUGUCUGUUGUAUGAAAUGAAGUAACAUUAACGUAUAUAUAUACACUUGCAGUUCGUGGGAUAACCUCUGACUUUCUUACUCGAUAGAUAUCCUUACAAAAACUCUAACGGUAUUGGAGGCAACAUGUUGAGCGUUCUUCCAGUUUGUGGGAAAGUAAUUUCAGUAAUCCGGGGUCGAAGUUAAGAAUGGAGCUUCACAGGAGUUGGAUGCGUUCAAGUGCCUUUUACAGGAACAUCUCUCCCUCGAAAACAACAUAGUCGAAACGUGAGGUUCAGCAUAAUACAGGCAUGAAACCAAAGCUGUGAAACAGUAGGUCAACCCGAUGCAUCGCUCAUUGCAGCCGAGUUAUAACGUAACGUUAGCUGGCUACGAACACACAUUCAUUGGCUAGCCGUAAGUAACCAAUUUGGAAAUGUUUCCGAUACAGAGGCUAAUUUGACAGCUAGUUGGACAGCCAGACGACUCGCUGGCACUGGCAUAAGUGGACAAUUAGACUACCUCCAUCGAUUUUUGUCGUUCAUUGACAGCAAUGUGUUUUGAACCGUUGUCAUAAGGACACUUAAUGUUUGAGGGUCUGCUUCCAGGUGAAAUGUAUGUAAUUGUGUUUGCUAAGCGUGCUAACUGUGCAGUUCGCAUAACUAGCAUACGUUAGGUAGCUACUUGUCCAGUACUGUUAGCAGUGGUUUGGUUAGCUUUAAAAUCCGCAUAGUUUCACCGGAAGCAAUGUCUCGUUGAAUGGUUCUACGAUAAAGGCUGAUGGGGUUAGGCUUUCGCGAGAAAACGUCAAAGUGAAUGUUUUAGAAAGCGACAAAGUUGGUUGAAUCCUUCACACCAUCUAGCUUAACAUUAGCUGGCUAACUAUCGCCGCUAGUGGAAUACCGUUUGGGCUAACUAUCCAGGAAUCAUCUUGACCGGUAUGGGUCCCCGAUGAAGAGACAUUGGGAAUUAAAAGUACACACUAUUUUUCUUCAGAGAGCCUCUCCCAUCACGUCUUGUUAGCUAUCAGCACUGUCCAGUCAUUCAGAUGGAGAACAGAUUGGUCAGAGACCCACACUCGUGCCCUAGUUUUGGAAUGCUUCUGCCAGUACUGCUCAUCGUCAUGAAUCUGUCACACGGAGUGACUGGCCUAGACGACCAGGCCAUGUCUCCUGAAGAGAAGAGCAAAGUAAGGGACCAGAUUCUGGAGAUGUUUGACCAUGCGUAUGGCAGCUACAUGAAGUACGCCUACCCUGCUGACGAGCUGAUGCCACUGAGCUGCAGAGGGAGGGUCAGGGGGCUGGAGCCCAAUCGGGGAGACAUCGACGACGCCUUGGGAAAGUUCUCGCUCACGUUGAUCGACACCUUGGACACCCUUGUGGUUCUAAACAAGCUGGACGAGUUUGAGGACGCUGUAAAGAAGACGCUGAGAGACGUCCGACUGGAUAACGACAUUGUUGUUUCCGUCUUUGAGACCAACAUCCGUGUCCUUGGUGGCCUGUUGGGGGCGCAUGUGAUGGCUGACCUGCUGAGGCAGCGAGGGGACCGGAUGCAGUGGUACAGGGACGAGCUGCUGUUCAUGGCCAAAGACCUCGGCCAGCGGCUGCUGCCUGCCUUUAACACCACCAGCGGCCUGCCUUACCCACGGGUAAACCUGAAGUACGGGGUCCUGAACCCACUCUCCCGUACAGGCACGGAGACGGACACCUGUACUGCAUGUGCGGGGACCAUGAUCUUGGAGUUUGCAGCUCUCAGCAGGCUGUCUGGAGACUCUGUAUUUGAGGAGCAUGCCAGAAAGGCCUUAGAUGUGCUCUGGGAGAAGAGACAGAGAGGAAGUGACCUCGUCGGAACGGUCAUCAACAUCCAUAACGGAGACUGGGUCCGCAGGGAUAGUGGAGUUGGUGCUGGCAUUGACUCCUACUAUGAGUAUCUCAUGAAGGCCUACAUUUUGCUGGGAGACAAUGUGUAUCUGGAGCGCUUUAAUACUCACUACAGUGCCAUUAUGAAGUACAUCAGCCAACCGCCUCUGCUGCUGAAUGUGCACAUGCACAACCCCACCGUCAACGUGCGCAGCUGGAUGGACUCUCUGCUCGCCUUCUUCCCUGGACUGCAGGUGCUAAGAGGUGAUCUGAAGCCAGCUAUUGAGACUCAUGAGAUGCUUUAUCAGGUCACCAAGCAGCACAAGUUUCUUCCAGAGGCUUUCACUACAGAGUUCCGGGUUCACUGGGGGCAGCAUCCAUUGCGGCCGGAGUUUGCAGAAAGCACUUACUUCCUUUACAAGGCAACAGGGGACCCCUACUAUCUGAAAGUGGGCCAGUCCAUUGUGGAGAAGCUGAACACACACGCCCGCGUCCCCUGUGGCUUCGCCGCCGUGCAGGAUGUGAGGACGGGCACACACGAGGACAGGAUGGAUUCGUUCUUCCUGGCGGAGAUGUUCAAGUACCUUUACCUGCUGUUCUCGGAAAAGAGCCAGCUGCCUCUGGACAUAGAUAACUACAUCUUCACCACGGAGGCCCACUUGCUUCCUGUUGCCUUGUCCACCACCCAGCCUCCCUGCCAGGGGAACCACACGGAGCAGCUGAGCCAGCACGGGGAGGACCUGUUCACCUACUCAUGCCCCAGCACCCAGACGCUCUUCCCCAACAACCCCUCCUUCGCCAAGAGCAUCCGCGACGGCUACAAGUACCUGACAGGGGUGGGCAGGGCCUAUCAUCCCUCGCCAGUCAGGGGCAUUGAGCUGCCUCUGCAUGACACGGGCCUGGAGCCAGUGGAGUUCCUAAAGAGCAUGGGCAUCACCCUCACCCCACUCAAUGAGGCGGCCGUUGGCACAGCGGGCAAAGGGGCACAUGAGAAAGGUGUGUACAGGGUGAAGUUGGUGGCUGAGGUCAGUCAGACCCCUGAGGAGGAGGAGGUGGUACCCCUGAUUGUCCAGAUCAUCUCUCCCCCAUUUCUGGGUAGAACGGUCCUGACUGCUGGCCCGGCCAAAUUUGGCCUGGACCUUACCAAGCAGGAGCACGGGUUAAAGGGCACCAUAGUGAGGAGCGAGCCCUACUCAGCCUGUGGCACCAUUGAGAACGCUGAGGCCCUUAGGGGCCACAUUGCCUUGGCCCUUAGAGGAGACUGCAUGUUUGCCGCCAAAGCCAGGCGAUUACAGGAGGCCGGGGUUACAGGUGUCAUCUUCAUAGACCACAGAGACGGAAGCAGUAGUGAGGAGACGCCGCUGUUCCAGAUGGUGGGGGACGGGGUGUCUACUGACGACAUCACAAUUCCCCUGGUGUUUCUGUUCAGCCGUGAAGGGGCGGAGCUGAUCUCUGCCCUGCACCAGCAUGGCAACGUCGACGUGCUGCUCCUGCCCAAAGAGCGCCAGCUGGGCAAAGAAAAAACGGAGAAGCUCAACAUCAAAUUCCGCCUAGCGACAGAGGGCGAGAUGGAGGAGGGCGAGCGGGACGGCACCACGUUUCACCUCCUCCUGGACCCCGGGAGCGAGGGAACGGACGCCAAAGUCCCGCAGACACACGCGGAGGAGAGCAGCGGCGCCUCCCCUGGCCACUGCAGUGCCUCGCAACACGCCCGCCAGCCCGCGUGCGGACAGGAGCCCGACCACAAACCCGACGCCGACCCCUGACCUGCAGUCAGCCUGGACACGGAAUCCACCCCAACUCUCGCGACACGACAGGCUGCCGAGGACCGGGCACUGGUCCAGGAUCAGUGCUCGUGCAGCACUCCGGCUCGCCCUCUUUUGAAGGGCUUUGCUAUAAACUGCUGGCCUCUCACCCUGUGGGAGAGUCUUUUGAACGACUUUGAAAGGAAAACUCAGACCUCAAACACUAGUGUAAGGGAUGGGUCCUGUAUAGUUAGUAGUAGUGGAACUGUAUAAUUUGUGUGUUCUAGCAUAACAUAUGGAAUAGGACGAUCGGCACAGACGUAAAGAAAUAGUCUUAGGCUACGGACCGAUCAUGUUCUAGAUCACGUUCUGCGCCCACAGGUGCAGGGAAGGUGAAACUGAUCCUUGAUGGCAGGAGACAAUCCUUGUUUCCUUAGAGGGGUUAGCGUGCGACCUUAACCAUGUUCUCUAGUCUCAUCUGUAGAGUAAGAGUACCCCUCAUCUCUGGUAGCCUUGGCCACUUCAAAGUAGUGAAGGAUGCUGGUGGUGUAAAUCAUGGAAACCACAGCUGCUCCGCAACAGCAGGCCAACCAAACACAGACGUAUUAUUCUACUAUGUCAGGGUGUUGCGUGGCUCAAACUGUUCUAACUUGGAUAUCUGGGAUCCAGUGAAUACUCGGCGGGGGGGGGGAGCCAAUGACCAAACUUGUGAUGUUUUUUGUUGUUGUUGUUAUGUUUGUUUUCUUUUAUUUUGUUUACUUUUUACACCAAUGUAUGCCGUAAGCAAACACAUUUUGGAAAUGGAGGUUUGAGGCCAGUAACAGUACAGUCAGGUGAAACACUUUUGUAUUAAGUCAAAGUACUGAAGCAUCAGGGACAACAAAGACUUGAACGUGUGUGUGUGUGUGUGUGUGUGUGUGUGUUUGUCUCUCUGUCUCUCUGUCUCUGUGUGUGUGUGUGUGUGUCUGUUUGUUUGUCUGUGUGUGUGUGUGUCUGUCUGUCUGUCUCUGUGUGUGUGUGUGCGCGCGCAAACUAGAGUGGGAGAGGUAGAAAGUUCAAAGUCCUCUUGCAUGUUAUCCAUGGAUGUGUGAAUGUGUUGACUCUGUACUACACAAUGUUUCUUUUGUUUUUGUUUUGUUUUCUGUGUGCCAAUAUGUGAUGUACAUGCCACAUGCAAGGGAUGGCCCUGACUGAUAGCCUAAGAUCGCAGCCAGGCAACAGUUGGCAGCCAUUUUGGAUCUAAAAUGGCAGAAGACGGCAGACUGUUGUCACAACUUUUGCCUCAUUUCUGCCUACUGUAACAGUUUUUCCCCAGCACUUUGUUCAGACCCCAUAAGCUCCUUACCUGCCUAACAGGUCAAAGUGAGUGUGAAUCUGGUGUGUGUGUGUGUGUGUGUGUGUGUGUGUGUGUGACAGAGAGAAAUGAGAAAUUAGUUUGAUGUUGCUUAGGUCCUAAGAGGACUUCCAGGAAUCUAGAAUCAGGUGACUGAUGCAAAAUGUUGUUUUCCUUCAUGCAUUUCUUGCUUGACUAUUGUUGUUAACACAACGCACAUCUUAAUGUGUGCAUGUGUGUGAGUAUUUGAGCAUUCUUGUGGAUACUGUAAAACAACAUCAUGGAGAAACACACAGCAGCCAUUACAUUCUUCAAGCACACAGAGAGUAGGGUCUGUCAUGAUCCUCUAGUACAUUUUCAUUCAUUCCUUUUAGGUUUUAUGCCCAACAACCACAAGUACACUACCUGUCUGUCUGAUCAUAUGUACCAGGUUAGGUACGGUUUGUCACGUUACAGGUUUGUAAUGAUGCACAGUAGCUUUGGGUUCUGGGUCGCUUAUUGUGAAGAGAGGUUUGAUACCUCAUGGCAGAGUCUGUUUGGGGCGAGUGUAGUGUCCUUCUGGUUGGGCCCCGGCUCCCAGCCUACCUCGACAUUAAGUAAGGGCUCAACUGUACUGUAACCCACAGGGGGGGAUAUCAGUGGCUUACAUAAAUCAAAUACUUUAAGAGGUUUUAAAAUGGCUUGAUUGAUCCCCCUUGUGUUACUGUUCACUCAGUGGGAUAUUAUUAAAUGGAGCAAGGAAAGAUUUUUAAUGUGCGUUUUUAACGGGGUGUUUAUAGAUCUGCAUAUAUAUUUGAGAUUAUACUAUUUUUGCCAUGUGAGAGUUGUGCAGCGUGUGACGGGUGAAAGCGAAGUGCCAAAGUUAUUUCAGUCUCUCUACUGUACGAGCAUGAGCUUCUGUCUCCUCUGUUGACUCUCAAUUGAACUGAUCUAGUCCGAUAAUAAAUGGAUUUGUGAAAUCA